UUUAAAAAUACAACAAUGGCUACUGGGUCUGAUAAAUCCAUGAGUAAAUACAAAGAACUGAUUCUAAGGCGUAGUUCUAUUAAAGGUCAAAUAACAAAGUUUAAAAAUUAUUUAGCUUUAUUUGAAUCAUCACCGUUAUCCAGUAUUGAGGUAGCUGAGCUAUCAGUAAGAUUAAACAGAUUUGAAAAUUUAUCCACAAAAUUUGAUAGCCUUCAAUCAGAUAUUGAAGUGCUCAAUCACGAUAGUCUAGAGAGGGAAAUCGAUGAGAGGGAUGGUAUUGAGCGCGACAUCAUUUCAUGCAUUGCUACGGCAAACAGUUUGAUAUCAGAAACAAACAUUCAACUAGAGGCGCGCCGAAAGUCCGUCGCGCCACCGGAGCCUCAAUGCCAUCACCACCACGAUGACCCUGGUGUUAAGCUGCCACAGAUUCAGAUUUCUAGAUUUGACGGAGCUUAUUUCCGCUGGCUCGAGUUCCGUGAUACCUUUGAAACAUUAGUGCAUAAUAAUUCGCGUAUUUCCGAUAUUCACAAAUUUCAUUACUUAAUUUCCUAUCUCGAAGGAGACGCAGCUAGAAUCAUCUCCAAGCUCGAAGUAUCUUCUUCUAAUUACAGAGACGCCUGGUCAUUGCUUUGUGAGCGGUACAAUAACAAAAGACUUCUUAUCAAUUACCACUUGUCUGCUUUAAUCAAUGUACAACCGAUCGCACGCGAAUCAGAAAGGUCAUUAAGAUUUUUAGUUGACCAUGUUACGAAGAACUUGCGUGCACUUUCUAGCUUGGAACUACCCACAGACAAGUGGGAUAUCUUGUUAAUAUUUUUACUUUCAUCUAAAUUAGAUAAUGUCACUCUGAUUAAAUGGGAAGAACUGCGUAAUACUUUUGAUAGUGUCCCAGAACUGAACCAGUUUCACAAGUUCUCAACAACAGUCAUGGGAUUAAACGCUCCAAGCUUGAUCAGCUCUAAACUUGGCUGGCUGGUAGCCGGACCUAUUCAUGUUAUUUCGUCAAA